UAACUUUAAUAAAACGGAAUACUCUUUCGUUGCUUUCCGUAAAAAAACGUUCUGAGCCCGAAGUUGAAAACGAGGCAGAAGGGAAACGGAUUCAGUUUGGCAAAUAGGACCUUUCGCCUUUUCGUCUGUAAAUAAGAUAAUAAAUACAUAAAUGUAGUUAAUACGGACAAAACAAUUUUAUAUCGUAUUUAGACAUUUUACAGGAUCUACAGUAGUGUAGUUUGAAUUCGGUGGAACAUGACGGAAAGAACGUUACUUUUGUUCAGCGGUCUCCUGCUGCUACACUAUGUGGCAGCGCAGGGCCCAAAGACAGCAUGGCAGGCCGGAGGUGUUGGCAUGGGAGUCGCCGUGAGGCCGACUACCUCGCCGCCAGACCCUACGGAUCAUCAGAUCAACAUUGCAUUGAUGAACAUCAACAAUGCAAAGACUGAGGUGCAGGCCGCCAAAGCAGCUGCCGCCAUUUUCAGCCCGACCCUCGAUAUGUCCGAUAACGUAAAGCAAGCGGUGGAGACCAAGGUCCGCCAGCUGCGCACACCACCAGGAUGGGUGCACCCGAUCCCCCCGCCACUUCCUUUUGGGUUUGACGUGAUGAACCUGAUCAUGGGUGCGUACUACGGGACUGCGACGGAACCUCCAGCGGGCGCGGCAAUCCCCGCAAUGCCAAUGAUGGGCGCCAACAUGGGUCCGCCAACAACCAUCGUACGAGGUCCGGCGGGUCCGCAUGCUAUGCCGGGGAUGCCAGGCUCAGGUUCCGGUAUGGGUGGCUGGGCGGAACCCACACAGUGGGAGGUAGACCUCGCAAUUCACAACAUUAACGCCGCCACCACCGAGGCCGCGGCGGCCGCGGCGGCAGCUGCCGUAUACAGGGUACACUUGGAUCCACCGGAUGCGGUUGUCGGUGUGUUCGAGGAGAAGGUUGCGCGUCUCCGAAGCCCAAACUGGACGCAACGACGCCCGCCACCCCUCCCUAGGAACUUCAACCCACUGCCGCUGAUCAUAGCCGCCUUCAACGAGUUACAGGCGAUUCAGAAGGCUGAAGCGGCUAAGAAGGCAGCAGCGGCCGCCGCUUCCGUGCCAAAACCAGGAACGAAACCCGGGCGGCCACCACCAAGGUCGCGGCCGCCUCCAAACCACCCGCAACCCAAGCGGACCCGUGAAUUAUCCGCGCAUCCCUCAAGACAGGAAGUGGAACGCCAGCUAAUGCUCGAGCGCCAACAGCAGCGGGAAGUAUACGGAUCUUCCGGCACUUCAUAUGUUAACAAGCCCGCACCUAAAAAUGAUUAUUUUUUUCAAUCCCGGUCCUCGGGUCUAGAUAUAAACAGAAACGCCCCCGCGUACCGCACAAAGACAAUGCGACCGGCACCUCAAGGCAGAGCUGACCCAUUCCUCAACACCCGCGUUUUCACCACUCCCAAACCUCAAAAUUCCAACAGAGAGCCGACGCAGCCUGUAAAGAAAGCUUCGCCACUGCCUGUAAAAAGAGCUCCACCAACGAAUUUCAACAAACCCCCAUCCCAGAAUGUGAAUGGAGCGCCAUCUCAGACAGUAAAAAGAGCUCCUACGCCAGAUGUUAACAGGGCACCAACCCCUAGACAGACCGACGCAUUUGUGAUGAAUAUUAAGAACGAGCCGGCCACACCACCACCGAAUCCAAAGACACCCUCACAGUCCCCAUCCAGUAACGGCGGAACUAGUCGAUACAGCGCGCAGGUCAUGUCCCCAGGAGCGAUCCAACCCCAGAGAAUUAAUGCCCCGAUAUCCAGAGCCAGCGACCCUCCCGCUAAACCAACAACAAAACGGCCAUCAAUUCCGACUCCAAAGUUCUCCAGAUCAACCAUACCUAAAGAAGUUCCCACAUCUGAUCCAUUUACCAAGCCUUCCUUCACAGCCCCACCCAAACAGCCCAGCCAUACCAGUCUAAAGAGCCGUUACCCAGGACUCAUUCUCAAAUCACAGGCGGAGCAGACAAAUCUGGACAUGGCUCUGUCUGAAGGAACAACUGUACAAGAGGGAAAACAGAAUGUUGUCUCUCCCGUGGAGGUCAAAAGGCUUAGCGACAUCCCGGUACCGACAUCGGCUAAGGAGGAGAAGAGCAAGUUCAAGGCGUUUGACCCAAAUUCUUUCCAGCCCUCUCAGCAGAUUUGGUCCAUGGGGGAAUUCGGGAACGGGGUGAACGAGCUGCUCAAAACGUCCAUCAUGGAGAGCGAGAGUAUACCUAUCCCCGCAAAACACACUCCCCUUCCCCCUUCUACCACAACCACAAAGCGGCCCGCCACUCCAACAACCCAAACGCCACUUCCGCCGCCGCCGCCCAGAAAACCCAAAGGUAGAAACAGAAAACGCAAAAAUAAGCAGAGAAGGAAAGCGGUAGCAAAAACAACACCGACGGAAGCCUCACCCCCACAACCGGAAGCGAAAAAGGCGGUUACUCAGCAGACCAGGAUGAAUCAGCUAGAGGACUUACUCAAGGGUAUAUCCGCAUCAGAUCUCCAGAAUCUUGUCGACAUCAUUAAGACGAAGGCUUCAGGUAGCAGGGCCGAACCUGCCGCCACUGCUACCAGUGAGCCGCCGAAACCGGCUCCACGCGACCCUGCCCCGGAACCGCCACGCAGACGGCCUUCUCCCGGCUUCAUCCCUCCACCCCCAGGUUCCGGAAACCAGGGCCCUCCUCGUGAGGCUCGCCGCGGUCCGAGUAAUCAGGUUCCUCCAGGGUCGGGCAGCUGGCAGCAGAGUCCCCCAGCCAUGGACAUGAGCGGACCCCCGCCAUCCAGGGAUAAUAUGCCGCCAUGGGCUCGCAACGGCCAAGGGUCCAUGCGGGGGCCCCAAUCACAGGAUAUGGGAGGCCCCUACAUGGGAAUGGGAGGCCCGCCAAGAGGAAUGGGAGGCUCGCCUAGAGGAAUGGGAGGCCCACCAAGAGGCAUGGGAGGUCAGGGAGGCCCGCCCGGAGGUAUGGAUAUGAACAACCCGCAGGUUGCAAGACUCAUUAGAGUUGCUCGCCAGAAAAUGUUGAGCGCCGGCACGGGAGGCCAGAGCCGGAACCCUAUCACAGGCGAGGCACCAGAGGCGCCGGAAGGAGGUGCCGCGGCAGGUGGGAUGAAUCCGAUGAUGAUGAUGGCGCUUAUGAACCAGGGCGGCGGCGGCGGCAGCGGUGCAGGAGCCAUGGGCGGUAUGGACCUUUCGGCGCUUCUAGGCGGAAGUGGUGGCUCCAACCCGAUGGCGAGUCUGAUGGGAGGAGGAAUGCCUGGUAUGGGCGGUAUGGGCGGUCUAGGAGCUCUCAUGGGAAACAUGGGCGGCAGUUCAGGUGAGGGUGGCGCUAUGGGCGGUAUGGGUGGUAUGGGGGCCAUGGCGGGGCUUAUGGGGCUAAUGGGUGGUCAGGGCAAUAGCGCAUCGGCGGGCGAGACGCCAUCCGGUGGAUCAGGAGCCAACCCAAUGGCGAUGUUGCAGGCUCUACAGGCGGCCAAUGGAGGAUCUAGCGGAGGAGGUAACCCCUUAGCCGCUCUCCAGGCCCUGCAGGGAGGAGGAUCCAUGACCGCGCCCUCGGAGGGCGGAUUAAAUAGUCAGAUGAUUGCAGCGUUAAUGGGCAACGGUUCUGGAGGAGGAAGUUCAGGUGGACUAGGUGCGCUGGGCGCAAUGCUAGGCAACAGAAGCGGAAGCGGGGGCGGGCUGCCCCCGGGUCUGGCGGCAGCCAUGAUGAACCCAGAUGGUCCAGACUUUUUGACUUCAGGGCCGUUCGGUUCGUUUGGCGGGCUCUCGGGGAUGAUGGGAGGGUUUCCCGGGAUGACGCAGGCCUAGUGUGACAUUACCUACCGCCUCGCAUCCUACUGACAUUGUGAAGGUCACACACGGAGUUUUCACAGAAGUGGCUCUGAGUGUUACAGUUUCAUGUUAUAGUGAAAUCGAACUGUGAUUGUGUGCAAAUUACUUAAGCCGACAUUUUAUUAACUCCAGUAAGCAGAAGCUAAGCACACCCGCCACUGAAGCGUGUAUAUAAAAUAAUUCUGUUUCUGUAAUUAUUAUCCGCUAUUCACAAUAAAGAUUUUAAACCGCUCAAAA